AAUCACUGGAGCAGCAGUACAGCGGGUCAAAUGGCGAAACCGUACAAGUUCAACUGGCAAAGGUCCGUUCCUCAUUUCAUGCAGGAAGGGGCAUAUUUUGACAGAUUUGAUGAGGAUCCGUUUGUCUUUGAAUCAAACUGUUUUUUCAAAGCGGAUGCUUUCGGAUUCUUCCUGACGUGGAAAAGUGAAGGAAAGGAGGGUCAAGUAUUAGAGUUUUCCCUGAUCAACAGCAUACGUGAUAUCAGUGUACCAAAGGACCCAAAGAUUGUCUCUGCGCUGGAGGCCACGGGGAAGAGCGAACCUAACCUGGAGGGCAGGAUCAUCUGCAUAUGCAGCGGCACAGACCUGGUGAACCUGAGCUUCAUGUACAUGGUCACGCAAAACACCAGCGCUGCCAAGAAAUGGACAGACGGCUUGCGGUCACUGAUUCAGAACUCUCGAGCGAAUAACGUGUGUCCGAUGACCUGCCUGAGAAAGCAUUGGAUGCGGUUGUCAUUUUUGAGCAACGUGAAUGGAAAAAUCCCUGUCAGGAGUAUCACAAGAACCUUUGCCUCGGGCAAAACGGAGAAGGGUAUUUUCCAGGCACUGAAGGAUCUUGGUUUACCCAGUGGAAAGAACGAUGAAAUUGAGCAUGAGAUCUUCACGUUUGACAAGUUCUACAGCCUGACGCAGAAGAUUUGUCCCAGAACUGAUAUUGAAGAACUCUUCAGGAAAUUCAAUGGAGACAAAAGCGAGUAUUUAAGCGUCGACCAGCUAGUCCACUUUUUGAACGAAAAUCAGAGAGAUCCACGUCUGAAUGAAAUCCUCUUCCCGUUCUUUGACUGCAAAUGCGCUUUCCAAAUCAUAGAGCGAUAUGAACCUGAUGAAACACUGAAGAUGAAAGGUCUGAUGUCAUGUGACGGAUUCUGUCGGUAUCUGAUGUCUGAUGAGAACGCUCCUGUGUUUCUGGACCGGUUGGAGGUUUAUCAGGAGAUGGAUCAUCCGCUGUCUCAUUACUUCAUCAACUCGUCUCACAACACUUACCUGAGCGGCAGACAGUUUGGAGGAAGAUCUUCAGUGGAGAUGUACAGACAGGUGCUGCUGACCGGCUGCAGGUGUGUGGAGCUGGACUGCUGGGAUGGAAAAGGUGAAGAUCAGGAACCCAUAAUCACUCACGGCAAGGCCAUGUGCACAGACGUCCUGUUCAAGGACGUCAUUCAGGGAAUUAAAGAGACGGCCUUCAUGACAUCGGAGUAUCCUGUGAUUCUGUCCUUCGAAAACCACUGCACGAAACAUCAGCAGUAUAAACUAGCGCGCUACUGUGAGGACAUCUUUGGAGAUUUUCUCCUUAAACAGCCGUUAGAGGAUUUCCCAAUGGAGACCGGAUGUCCUCUGCCGUCUCCAAACGAGCUCCGAGGAAAAAUCCUCAUCAAGAACAGAAGAUUAAAACCUGACGUUGAAAAAAAACAGCUGGAGCACUUCAGGAAGCACAUGGAGGCCGGAGAGCCCAGCAUCUCCACAAACAUGUCUGAAGAUGAGAACGAGGAGGAGACGUCCACCGCGGAGCUGUUAAACGAAGCUCAUCCCGAGCGGAUUCGCGGAUGUCUGAUCACUGAGGAAGAGAAUCGGGAGGAAGAGGUUCUGCUCAGACCCAGAAAGGCGGACGAGACGAAUGUGGCCGAUGAACUCGCAUUGAUUCAGUCGUACACGUAUGUGGCGGCCACUACUAACAUCCACCCGUAUCUGUCCAGUAUAGUCAACUACGCUCAGGCCGUGAAGUUCAUAGGCUUUGAUGAAGCCGAGGAAAACAAUAUUCAUCACAACAUGUCUUCCUUCAACGAGUCUGUGGGUUUGGGAUAUUUAAGGACAAACGCCAUCGAGUUCGUGAACUACAACAAGCGUCAGAUGAGUCGCAUCUACCCUAAAGGAGGACGAGUGGACUCCAGUAAUUACAUGCCACAGAUCUUCUGGAACGCAGGCUGCCAGAUGGUGUCUCUGAACUUCCAGACCCCAGAUUUGGCGAUGCAGCUGAACCAAGGGAAGUUUGAGUAUAACGGCUCAUGUGGGUUUCUUCUGAAGCCUGAUUUCAUGCGCCGGCCCGAUCGCAUGUUCGACCCGUUCUCAGAGACGCCGGUGGACGGAGUGAUCGCUGCCACAUGCAGUGUCCAGGUGAUCUCUGGACAGUUUUUGUCCGAUAAGAAGAUCGGCACGUACGUGGAGGUGGACAUGUACGGGCUCCCCACGGACACCAUCCGUAAAGAGUUUCGCACCAGGAUGGUGAUGAACAAUGGGCUGAAUCCGGUGUACAGCGGAGAAUCAUUUGUCUUCAGAAAGGUGAUCCUGCCGGAUCUGGCUGUGCUCCGGGUGGCCGUGUACGAUGACAACAGUAAACUGAUCGGACAGCGGAUCCUCCCGCUGGAUGGACUGCAGUCGGGCUAUAGGCACAUCUCCCUGAGAAACGAGUACAACAAACCUCUGUCUCUGGCCACCGUCUUCUGCAACAUCAUCCUCAAAACAUACGUGCCCGACGGCUUCGGAGCUAUUGUAGAUGCCCUGUCUGAUCCCAAAAAGUUCUUAUCCGUCUGUGAGAAAAGAACGGACCAAAUGAGAGCCAUGGGCAUUGAGACGUCAGAUAUUGCUGAUGUGCCAAAUGACCGCUGGAUGGGGAAUAAGAAACGGAGAGUGAAUUCGGCCGCGAUGACACCGCAGAAGGACUCAGGGAAACUGGGACAAAAUAUGGUCACCUGUUCCAAAGAGGAUGCAUCAAUACUCACACCUCAACUGACCAUCGAUGACUUACAGCAAACGAAGACCUACAUGAAACUAGUCAAGAAGCAGCAGAAGGAUGUGGAGGCGUUGAAGAAGAAGCAUGCUAAGGCACACGCUGCACUGCAGAGCUCCCACUGCGCUCAAGUGGACAGGAUUGUUGCUCAACAUGAUAAAGAGAAGCAAGCGCUGGAGAAGCAACUCGAAAAAGGCUGCAAGAAAGCGAGUGACAGUUACAGCCUUGACAUGAGCAGAGACAUCGAAAGGCAAAUUAAGACCGUAACGACCAAUCACAAAUCCAAGGUGAAGGACGUGGUCGCGGCUCACGCGUCUGAAUGGGCGGAGAUGAUCAAAUGUCAUUCGUCUGAAGAACAGGCUGUGAGAGAGCAGCACGUGAUCCAGCAGUGUGAGCAGCUCCGAAAGCUGAUGUUCAUGGAGCAGGACCAGCAAACACACCAGCUCACACUCGUCCAUGAGAGACAGAGUAAAGAGCUGCGAACCAACCAAGCGAAGACCUCAAUGGAGAGCAGCAAAGCCAUCAGUCAAGACAAAAGCAUAAAGAACAAGGCUGAGAGGGAACGGAGAGUUCGAGAGCUCAACAGCACGAACACAAGGAAGUUUCUUACAGAAAGAAAGAGGCUCGCCAUGAAACAGUCCAAAGAGAGCGAGCAACUCCAGGCGGCUCAGCGUGAACACCUCGAGAGGCUAGAGAAACACAACGAGGAGCUGUUGAACUCGUGCUAUGCAAAAUCACAAUGCCAAGGCCAAAGAGACUCAGCACAUGAGGACACAAGAGAGGACAGACUGACGACCAAUCAAACUCACGGCUCAUUUGAGGUCACACAGUGAGAACGCACCCGUAAACACACUUUUUCACUCUUAAAUGCACAUAGAAUCUGUUUUAGUGAUGUCCGCUUCAUAUUUAUUUACUUUUUAUGAAUGUUGAAAUAUUUAUUGUAUAUGAGCAAACAGAUGCUUAACGAGAUAAACUAAGCAUUUGAUUUUGAUCUUUGCUUUACAAUAACUUUUAAGGUCAACGUGAAAUUAAAAUCGACUAUAUUUAUUUUUUAAAAAGACAUUCCUGGUGUUACUGUGAAUGAUUCACCAGUGCUUAUUAUUAUAAAGAAUAAAAGUCUUUUACAAAAUAUAAUAACUUGAUUAACCCUGGUUGUAAACCUGUGAUAGCUAUUCUGGUACAGAACGCCAACUUUUUACCACACAAUCAAUUUAUUUUUGUAUUUUCAGAAAUAUAUUUUGUGAAUAUGCCAUUACCUGAGUGAAAUGAAUUGUGAAUGCUUUUUCAUGUUGAUUUUAAAUAUCCUCUACAGUGGAAUAUAGCUGUAAAAUAUAAAUUAUGUAUUUGAGUCUUUAGAAAUAACACUGUUUUUCAUACUGAUAUAUUAUAAAGAUCAUGCAAAAUA